CUAAGAAUUAUAACUUUAUUUCAACUAUUAUGACAUGAUAUUGAGUUAGUUUAUGGACUCGUAUAGGAAAUGAACUACUUUGUAAGAAAUCUAGCAUGAAAUAUCGUGCAUCUAUGUGGACCAAACCUUGUUAAGUAGUUAUGAUAUAAUAUAACACAAUUAUAUACAGUCCUUGACUUAAUCACAUGACGAGUCAUGUGAUUAGAAUUUUGAUCAAAAAAUAGUUAACUCUCUCUCCUUCUCAUAAAUCAACGCUGAAAGAAGUCUUUUGCCACUAAUCAAAGCUAAAGUGAUUAGAUCAAUUAUAACCACAACAACAACAUCAUCAAUAUCAUCAUCAAAUAAUGGAAAGACUACAAAGAUUAUUGGGUAAUGGUACCCAACCUCAAAGUGAAGGACCAGCCAUUGAUAAUGCUGAAACUGUUUAUAUAUCAUCAUUAGCUCUAUUAAAAAUGUUAAAACACGGUAGAGCUGGUGUUCCCAUGGAAGUCAUGGGAUUAAUGUUAGGUGAAUUCGUAGAUGAAUUCACUAUUCAUGUCAUAGAUGUAUUUGCCAUGCCUCAAUCGGGUACUGGUGUUUCGGUUGAAGCUGUGGAUGAUGUUUUCCAAACUAAAAUGAUGGAUAUGUUAAGACAAACCGGUAGAGAUCAAAUGGUUGUUGGUUGGUAUCAUUCCCAUCCUGGAUUUGGAUGUUGGUUAUCAUCAGUUGAUGUUAAUACUCAACAAUCAUUUGAACAAUUGAAUAAAAGAGCUGUGGCUGUGGUUAUAGAUCCAAUUCAAUCGGUUAAAGGUAAAGUUGUUAUAGAUGCAUUUAGAACCAUUGAUACUACUACAUUAAUGAUGGCUCAAGAACCUCGUCAAACUACUUCAAAUGUAGGUCAUUUAAAUAAACCAUCUAUACUGGCUUUAUUACAUGGAUUAAAUCGUCAUUAUUAUUCUUUAAAUAUUGAUUAUCAUAAAACUUCAUAUGAAACUAAUAUGUUAUUAAAUUUACAUAAAAAGAAUUGGCAAUCAGGUUUAAAAUUAAUUGAAUAUGAUCAUGCUGAACAUACUAAUUUAGGUAAUACUGAAAAAAUGGUUAAAAUUGCUGAACAAUAUAAUCAAAGAGUUCAAGAAGAAAAAGAAUUACUGGAAGAUCAAUUAAAAACAAGAUAUGUGGGUAAACAAGAUCCAAAGAAACAUUUAUCAGAUAUUGCUGAUACUUUAAUUGAAGAGAAUUUAACUUCUUUAUUGACUGGUAAUAUCAAUGCUGUAGCCAUUCAAUAG